UCGCAGACUUGCUGGAAGCAACAGGAAGACAAUCGAAAAAAAAAAAAAAAAAGAGUGCAGGCUGGAAGGGGAAAAAACAGAAGAGGCCCAAAUCACAUCGGUUGAUUGGCCUGCUCCUUAUCUGAGCCGCCGGCGGGCUGCAAACUUCAGCACGCGCCUGCUGCUCUGUGCCCUCGCGAGCGGGCUCCGCGCGACUUUCUACGUGGCAGCUCGGUGAGCAAUGUCUGGCUCGUGGGAGCUAAAGUAAGUUCACCUGCCGCCGAAGAGGAGAAAAAACAGGCGAGUCGGGUUGGACGGCGCCAUGGCCCACUGCACCAGCAUGCAGUACGAACCGGUGGCAGAGAUCGGUGGCGGUGCCUACGGCACCGUCUACAAGGCCCGGGACACAGAGAGCGGCAAGUUUGUGGCUCUGAAGAACGUGCGGGUCCCGACAGACCAAGAUGGCCUCCCGGUGUCCACCGUCAGAGAGGUGGCCCUGUUGAAGCGGCUAGACCAGUUUGACCACCCCAACGUGGUCAGGCUAAUGGACGUGUGUGCCACCAAGAGAUCGGACCAAGAAACCAAAGUCACUCUAGUGUUUGAGCACGUAGACCAAGACCUGAAGACAUACCUAGACAAAGCUCCGGCAGCCGGGCUAUCUCCGGACCGCGUUAAAGAUUUGAUGAGGCAGCUGCUGUCCGGCAUCACAUUCCUUCACUCUAACCGUGUGAUGCACAGAGACUUGAAGCCAGAAAAUAUUUUGGUAACCAGCGGGGGUCAGGUGAAGCUGGCUGACUUUGGACUGGCCAGGAUCUACAGCUGCCACAUGGCCCUCACUCCAGUGGUGGUGACAUUGUGGUACCGACCCCCUGAAGUUCUGCUGCAGUCCAGCUAUGCCACUCCUGUGGAUAUCUGGAGCACCGGCUGCAUCUUUGCUGAGAUGUUCAGACGCAAACCUUUGUUCCGCGGGGAUUCAGAAAUGGACCAGCUUGGAAAGAUUUUUGAAGUUAUUGGCUUGCCGCCGGAGGAGGAAUGGCCCACUGAUGUUACCGUGUCGAGGAAAAAUUUCCCCCCUCUCUCGGCUCGCCCGAUCACAGAUUUUGUUCCAGACAUAAAUGAGCAGGGGGCGCAGCUAUUGCUGAAAAUGCUGACCUUUGACCCAUUGAAACGGAUAUCCGCCCUGAAUGCACUAGAACACCCUUAUUUCCAGGAGGAGGAGGCAUUGAUUCAGACAAAUAGCUGAAACAAAAAGAAACAAAAAAUGUAGCCAUUGUUAUUGCUGUCCAAGAUUACAAUUUAAUUUCCUGUAUUGCCUUUCAAUAAGUAAAGGUUAUGCCUUUGGAAUAUGAUUACAUCCUCACAAAAAAAAAAGAAGAAAUGAGUAAGUUGAGAGAAAACUGAGGAGUGAACUUCAGCAUCAUUGGCAUGCUUUUGAGCUCGUAAAUGUCCCAAUUAAUGACAUUAUCAUGCCACAUUUUAAAGGACGGUACCAGUGUUUUUGAAGUUCUGUCAGUCAUUAGCAGGAACUGAUCUCAUCUGAAUUGCUGCUCGUGUUGCGGUGUAGGGUGUAAACCCCACAGUGGGUUAAACUAGGGAUUUUUAUAGUGUGCAUUGAUAUUUAUCAAAGAAAUAGUGUCACCGUAAGGCUGUGGAAAACCAUUAUAUAUUCAUAUAUAGACGGGAUUAGCUGCAUUUAAAUCAUGAGGAAAAGACCAUAGUUUUAAGCAGCUGUAGGAAAAAGCAGGAGAAACACACGCAUUACAAAAAUACUGGUAUUGCCCUUAGAACUUCUGACUGUGUAAAAGUAUUGUUUGUGGACUUAAUUUCAUGUUUAACAUUUUUGUUACAUUGCUAAAAGUAUCUGGAGUCAACCAGCACUGUAUCCAUGAAUAAAAACAGUUUAAAUCAGUCAGACUUAAUAUGUGUUGAUAUAUGAACAAAUAUAUACGAUG